AUGUUACGUAAACUGAAAACGCAGGUGACGCAAGCCGUAAACAGUGUUACUCCCUCCGAGCCUCAACACGAGCCACUAUUUAAUGAAAGUAGCACACCUUCAGAAGGAUUUUUAUGUCCCGUAUGCAUGCAUUCAUUUUCUUCUCCAGAUGAGUUGCAGGUGCAUUUUCGAGUGCAUGCAAUUAAACAGGUUGGAAAGCAAAAACUCACUGGUUCCUUCUCAUUUAGUUCACUUGAGAAUGGUUUUAAUGAAUCAGAUGCACUUCAUCUCGAGUUGGACAUGAAAGAACUUAAAUCGCAACUGCAAGACGAGAAGCGCUAUUCAGUGGAAUUAAAAAAAGAGCUUGAUAGGUUGCAUGGUCUCAUCGCAAAUCAAACAGAAAUAUCUGAGGACGAAAUACCUUAUCUUACACAGCAAAUGCAAAUGCUCGAAGCUGGCAAAGCCUUAGCAACAGAACGAAUGCUUGAAAUGGAAAAAGAAACAAGGGGGAUGAGCCGACAGGUUGAACAACUGAAGCAAGAAAAAAGUAGGUUGAUCGAAAAAAUUGGAGAACUUUUGACAAAGAUUGCCAGUAAAACAGAUGAAAUCGAAGAGAAAAAUAACGAAAAAGCUCUUCUGGGUGAUGAGCUAGUGCGCUACAGGGAAGAGAUACAGAAUUUGGAACUAGAAAUCGAAGACUUACGACGAAAACUCGAUCAAAGACCAUCAGAAGAUGACGUCAGCGUGCUUAGGAAGGAACUAGUACAUGCACAGCAACUAAUGGACACAAUAACACAGGAAAAAGAAGAAAAAAUUAAGAAAGAUGUCGGUACAAUACGCAAUAUGGAGCAAGAUCAUAAAAAGUUAACAGGUGAAAUUGCGAUUUUAAAAAGUAAUAUUGAAGCCCUCAAGAAUACGAUUUCCAGAUAUGAUGGUGGAUCUGAGAGACUUAUCGGAGAAAUCAACGCUUUCAGAAAAGUUUGGGAAGAGAAAGCCACAAAUUCAGCUGAAAGAAUCCUUGAUGCUUGUAGGAAAAUCGACGAUUUAGAAAUUACUGUGAAUGGAUGCCGGAAAAAAAUCAUAGAUAAUGGGACUGAAAAAAACAAGUUGUCGGAACUUGAAGAUGCAAGAAAUUCUCUACUGGAGGUGGAAAAAGAACGUAAUAGUUUACAACAAGAAAUCGUGUCAUUAUUCGCUUUGCUGGAUGAACAAAAGCAGAAUUAUGCGGAAAAAAAAAUACAAAUAAUUAAGAAUGAGGAAACGAUAUCUGAGCAUCGAAAAGAAAUUGAACAAUUGAAGAAAAACAUUUCCAAAUUGGAAGCUUCUUUGAACGAAGCAUCCACAAUCGAAGGUAUACUGAAGCAGAAUUUGAAAGAAGCAAAGGCGAAGGAAUCACUUCUGAUGCAAAAAAUUUCUGAAGGCAACGGAGUGGAGAAUUUAGCAAUGAAACAAAUGCAUAAGGAGAAAAUGGCACUCGAGGAAACAGUAAAUAGGUUGAAUGAAACUUUGAAGUCUUUAAAUACCUCGCAUGAAAAUGCAAUAUCUCAGCAUGAAGAGAGCUGGAAAAAGAAUAUAGAGGCUGAAAAGGAGAAAAUGAAGAAGCUAGAAAAUGAACUGAGCAAUUUGCACUGUAAUUACAUUUCUGCUGAGGAAAAGAAUAAAAAAUUAUCUGCAUUGCUAGAAGAAAGAACGACGACAAGUGAGGAAAAGAAUAAAAUAAUCGAAACGGAACGUAUCAAAUUGAAGUCAGCUGUUGAAAAGCUCGCGCUAAUGGAGGAAAAAGCCUUACAGUUGGAUAGCGAACUGCGUGAAAAAGAAACUGCUGCCAUCAGGCGUAAUGAAGAAUAUAUGCAAUUAAAAGAAACAAUGAAAGAGAUGCAAUCAGAAAUGAAGGAAAUAAAAAUAGCGAAAAAAAAGUUAGAAUGCGAUUUAGCGGAACAAAGAGAAAGUUCGAAGGAGAAUGUAUGCCAACUGCAGAAAGAACUUUUCACAUGUGAACAAGAGAAAAUUGUGCUAAAGGAACAAUUUGAAAAUAUUUUGCAGCAAUUUUCUGCUCUGAAUGAAGAAUGUUCAAGAUGUAAGGAUAAUGAAGUUGAAUUAUUGGAAAACAUGAGCCAAAAAGAACUAUUAAUAAAGGAAUUAGAACAAAAUAUCAGGAGUUUAAUGGCUGGAUUGGAAUGUGAAAGGCAUAAUCAUGAUAAGUCUAUAAAAGAUUUGCAGUAUGAACUAAGCCAACUUCAACAGGAGAAUACGGCAAUAUUGACCGCGAAAGAAAGAGAAUUGGUGAUUCAAAUGGAAACAGUUUCUGAAUUGAAGGAGGAACUUCAUGCUAAGGAGAGGCAGUUAUCUGACAUAAUGCAGGAGAUGGAAAGGGUACGUAAUGAAUUGCGCUCAAAAGAAGAAGGAAGAUAUACUCUGGAAAAUGACGCAUUAAAAUUGAAGAGGCAAAACGUGGAGUUGCGGAAGGAAUUGGAUCAGCUUGAAAAAAGCACAUCACAACUCAAAAAUGAUUUUGAAAAAGAAACUAAUUUGCUGAAAAACAGUUUGGAAAACUGUGAAAAGAAUAAAGAAGAAAGCCUGUCGAGACUUCAUGUGCAGUUGGAAGCAGAAAAAAAUAGGCUAAAGGAGAUUUCAAAAGAUAAUGAAGAAAAAGAUGAAAUUUUGAAGCGUAUAAAUGAUGAUUUAAAAAAGGCCAAUGAAGAUUCAAAUAAAUUAAUCAUUCUUCAAAGCGAAUUGGAGAAAAAGAAAACAGAAUGGUUACAAGAAAAACGAGCAUUGCAAGAAAGGUGUUUAACAGCAGAAAAUGAUCUGGAGUUUGAACGCGAGCGAGCUAUUGUAAACAAGAGAAAUUUCGAUGAUGUUCAAACUGCUAUUCGAGAACUUGGACGAGUGAAUCAAAAUUUGCAGAUGGAUUUUGCAAAGCAAAUAUCACGUAAAUGGUUGGAAGAUUCAGAGGCCAUAAAUUGUCAUACUUGUGACAAACCAUUUACUCUUACAAAUCGCAAACAUCAUUGUAGACAAUGUGGACAAAUAUUUUGUGCCUCGUGUUCGUCGUUCACAGCUAAAAUUGCGUCAUCAAGAAAUCCGGUUCGUGUUUGUAAUGCAUGUCACGAAGAAAUUAUGCAUCGAUAA